CGAGUCUUUUAAAUAUGACAUUAAUACUCUACUCCUAAACCUCUUGUCCUUAUUAACCCAUUCUUUUGCAAAACCAAAACCAAGAACUCUUCCUCAAACAAACCAAACACACAACCUCAAAAUCCAUGGCAUCGAAUUUCUACUCUCAACUCUUCCUCGUGAUUUGUGCCACCCUUUUGAUGACAACGAUGAUGAGUUCUUCACCAACAGUAGAUGCAGCUGGAGGAUUCGAACUUGGAGGAAUGGAAUGGAUUCAUCAAACAAAAACAGCCACAUGCGAAGGCUCCAUCGCUGAUUGCAUGUUACAACAAGGUGAAGAAGAGUUUCAGUUUGAUAAUGAAAUCAACAGGCGUAUCUUAGCAACCACAAAGUACAUCAGCUAUGGUGCGCUUCAGAGGAACACUGUCCCAUGUUCUCGCCGUGGUGCUUCUUACUACAAUUGCAGACCCGGUGCUCAGGCUAACCCUUACAGUCGUGGAUGCAGUGCUAUUACGAGGUGCAGGGGUUAAUUUUUUUUUCUUUAUUUUUUUUCAAUUUUUGAAAAAAAAAAAAUGUUUAUGAUUAAUGAUGUUGGGUUGUGAAUUUUUAUAUACAUUAAUUAAUAUUGGAUUUGGAUGUUAAUCCAUUUAUUCGUGGGUCACUGUUGUGAGUUGUGACUCUUUUAUGAUGAAUAUACUGUGCUAUUGAAGUUGUUAAUUAUGUUAUGUUACUAUUUAUUUUCUUCUAAUUAUUAUUAUUAUUUGCGUUCUUUUUUUGUAAAAAAUAAAAAUAGAAGCAAAAUGAUUAUUUUAUUUUAUUUUUACGCGUUAUGUCCAUGUCUGUAUGCCAGCGUGUUGGUGUAUGUGUGACUGUAAUAUGUUGUCGUUUUCCUGAUGAUGUAUGAAUAAUUGAAUUAAUGUCAGUGGUUCAUUCAUUGUA